CUCACGAAGACGAGUGACCAAAAGAAGGUUAAGCUUUUUUAACUUUCUUUAAUCUCCCGCUUCUUGCGAAGAUUAGACGAAUCCAUUUAGAUUUUAGAAACCACACAAAAAUGGGUCGGCUCAAGUUCGCAUGUCCCGUUCUUGAGAUCAAUCUAAUCUCAGCUCAAGAUUUAGCCCCUGUUUCAAGAAACAUGAAAACGUAUUCCGUCGCUUGGAUCAACACCGAUCCUAUGAGAAAACUCACGACGCGUGUUGAUCAAUCCAAUAGAGCUAACCCUAUAUGGAACGAGAAGUUUGUGUUUCGUGUUAACGACAAGAUUCUUGACGUUGACGCAUCCGCGAUUGUGAUUGAGAUUUAUGCAGCGGCUUGGGCUAAAGAUGCUCUUGUUGGUACUGUGAAUGUUCUUCUUAGCGAUCUUUUUGCUCCUUGGUCUGGUUUUGGUGAUGGUGACGAUGGUGGUGGUGGGAAUAACAAUAUGAGGCUCGUGACGCUUCAGAUACGUCGUCCUUCGGGGAGGCUACAAGGGUUUUUACGGCUAGGUGUUGCACUUCUUGAUGGUGGUCAACGGAGUAUGCCGUUAUCUAUCGAGGUUUUCGAUGGAAGUCGAAGAGGAGAGACGAAUAGUAAUAAAAGAGAUCAAGAAGCUUCAAGAAUGAUGCAUCGUCGUACGAAUAGCGAUCAAACGGAUUUAACCACGUCUACGAAUGAUUAUGGUGUGAAAACAGGGGUUGUUACUGGCAAUGGAGGAGGAGGAGGUGGUGGUGGUGGAAUUGUUGUUGGUGCGGAUAGUAUGGUUAAUGGUUCACUGUGUAGCUCUGAUAUUGGACCAUCAGCGUCUGUGGUUGCUGCUGCGAUUGCUCAGGGGCUUUACAAUAGGCAGAAAACAGCGGUUAAAGCGGCGAGUAGUAACAAAGAGGACGCAAGUUCGAUACUUGAAGGGAAAACAGAGGGAAUCGAGCAUAGAGUUGAGCGGUGGAGAGCAGAGAAAAAUGGCACGGCUGGAGCGGGUGAAGCGGCUGGAUCAAGCGAUGAUUCUAGCGGGAAAGGAGGAGCUGGAAGGAGAAGAAGGAGAAGAAGAAGAAAGGAGAAACAACAAGGGCGGAGAAACGGUGGAGGAGAAGGUAAGAAAGGGUUGUUUUCAUGUUUUGGAAACGUGUUUGGAUGUGAGAUUUCGAUAACAUGUGGCGGUGGAAGCGGCGGAGAAGGAGACAGCACAAAGAAGAGAUAUAAUAACAAUAAAGUAGUAAAUCUUAGUGCUGUAGACGAAACAGGAAUCUCUGAGUUGGAUUCGGAAUCGUCUGAGCCAAAGCCCUUCUCGCUUCCGUCUCCUCUUCCUUGUUGGCCACAAGGUAAAGGUUUUGCCACGGGAAGAAUAAACCUAGGAGAAAUAGAAGUGGUGAAAAUCACCAAGUUCCAUAGAGUUUGGAGCUCUGAUUCAUCGCACGAUAAAUCAAAACGUGCAACAUUUUACAGAGCCGAGGAAAUUCCAGAAGGUUUCCAUUGCUUUGGUCACUAUUGCCAGCCAACCGAUCAGCCCUUGAGAGGUUAUGUACUUGCAGCUCGGUCUAGCAAAGCCGUCAAUGCUGAUGAUCUCCCACCCCUGAAAAAGCCUGUGAGUUAUUCUUUAGUUUGGAGUGCAGAUUCAGAGAAAAAUGGUGGUGGUUAUUUCUGGCUACCUAAUCCUCCGGUUGGUUACAGAGCAAUGGGAGUUAUUGUAACCCAUGAACCAGGUGAACCUGAAACAGAGGAGGUUAGAUGUGUAAGAGAGGAUCUUACAGAGAGUUGUGAAACCUCUGAGAUGAUACUUGAGGUGGGUUCUUCGAAGAAGUCGAACGGCUCUAGUUCUCUUUUUAGUGUAUGGAGCACCCGACCUUGCGAGAGAGGGAUGCUGUCACAAGGUGUAGCUGUUGGGUCAUUCUUUUGCUGCACUUAUGAUCUGUCUUCUGAUAGGACGGUCCCUGAUAUUGGAUGCUUAAAGAAUCUUGAUCCGACCUUACACGCGAUGCCAAAUCUCGACCAGGUCCAUGCGGUUAUCGAACACUUCGGACCAACAGUCUACUUCCACCCAGAAGAGGCUUACAUGCCUUCAUCCGUACAAUGGUUCUUUAAGAAUGGAGCUUUGUUGUACCGGUCAGGGAAAUCACAAGGUCAACCGAUUAACUCCACGGGCUCGAACUUGCCUGCUGGAGGAUGCAAUGAUAUGGAAUUCUGGAUAGAUCUUCCCGAAGACGAAGAAGCAAAGAGUAAUCUCAAGAAAGGAAACCUUGAAAGCUCGGAGCUUUACGUUCAUGUGAAACCAGCACUUGGUGGAACCUUCACCGACAUUGUGAUGUGGAUUUUCAGCCCCUUUAAUGGCCCGGCCACGCUCAAAAUCGGGCUAUUCACGUUACCUAUGACCCGCAUAGGAGAACAUGUCGGUGAUUGGGAACAUUUCACUUUCCGCAUAUGCAACUUCUCUGGUGAGCUUUGGCAAAUGUUCUUCUCUCAGCAUAGUGGUGGUGGUUGGGUUGAUGCAUCAGAUAUUGAGUUUGUGAAAGAUAACAAACCGGCAGUGUACUCAUCUAAACACGGACAUGCGAGUUUCCCUCACCCGGGAAUGUACCUCCAAGGCUCGUCAAAGCUCGGGAUUGGAGUCAGAAACGAUGUUGCAAAAAGCAAGUACAUUGUGGAUUCAAGCCAAAGGUAUGUGAUUGUAGCAGCUGAGUAUUUAGGUAAAGGAGCUGUGAUAGAGCCGUGCUGGUUACAGUAUAUGAGAGAAUGGGGUCCGACCAUUGCAUAUGAUUCGGGGUCUGAGAUCAAUAAGAUCAUGAAUCUUCUUCCUUUGGUUGUUAGGUUCUCUAUUGAGAACAUUGUUGAUUUGUUUCCCAUUGCUCUUUAUGGAGAAGAAGGUCCUACGGGGCCAAAGGAGAAAGAUAACUGGGAAGGAGAUGAGAUAUAUGGUGUUGAGUUUCAUUACGGCGUUAUUGCUGCGAUGGAUUUCAUUUCCGCUUCUUCCAUAUCUUCACCCUUUCUCACACAGUUGUCUCCGCUUUCUUUGAGCUCAGGUACAGUAUCGUUAAAGCCUAGAUAUCGGGUCAAAAAACGAAACUUUGGGUCUAGAGAAUCCAAUAAAUCUAGGAAAAUUGUGCCCAUUAGAGGCUGCUUUGGUUUUUCCGAAGUAAAUGGGAGUUUUUUGAGGUCAAAACAGUCUGAUUACGGUAGUGAAGCUGUUUCGGAAUCAUUGAGAUUAUCUUCCGAGUAUAAUAGCGCAAAGACGAGAGAGAGCGUAAUACAGUUUGUUACCAAGCCUUUAGUUUACGCCUUGUUUUGUAUUGCAAUUGGAUUUUCGCCUAUUCACUCUUUUCAAGCUCCAGCUUUAGCUGUGCCUUUCGUCAGUGAUGUGAUUUGGAAGAAAAAGAAAGAGACAGUGAGAGAGAAAGAGGUGGUUUUGAAAGCAGUUGAUCAUGAGUUCUCGGAUUAUACACGGAGAUUGUUGGAGACAGUCUCGGUUUUACUGAAGACUAUUGACAAGGUUAGAAAGGAAAAUGGAGAUGUUGCUGAAGUGGGAACGGCUUUGGAUACAGUAAAGGUGGAGAAGGAGAAACUGCAGAAGGAGAUAAUGAGUGGAUUGUAUCGUGAUAUGAGGCGCUUGAGGAAGGAGAGAGAUGUGUUAAUGAAACGAGCUGAUGGAAUUGUAGAUGAGGCCCUAAGAUUGAAGAAAGAGAGUGAAAAACUGUUGAGAAAAGGUGCUAGGGAGAAAGUGGAGAAACUGGAAGAGAGUGUGGAUAUAAUGGAGAGCGAUUACAACAAAAUAUGGGAAAGAAUUGAUGAGAUUGAUGAUAUCAUUUUAAAGAAAGAGACAACAACAUUGAGUUUUGGGGUUAGGGAGCUUAUUUUCAUCGAAAGAGAGUGUGUGGAGUUGGUUAAGAGCUUCAACAGAGAAAUGAAUCAAAAAAGUUUUGAAAGUGUUCCUGAAAGCUCCAUUACAAAACUCUCGAGGUCUGAGAUUAAGCAGGAAUUAGUGAACGCUCAAAGAAAGCACUUGGAACAAAUGAUACUGCCUAAUGUUUUGGAACUAGAGGAGGUUGAUCCCUUUUUCAAUCGUGACUCAGUGGAUUUUUCUCUACGCAUCAAAAAACGCCUUGAGGAAUCAAAAAAGCUGCAGAGAGAUCUUCAGAAUCGUAUCAGAAAACGUAUGAAAAAGUUUGGUGAAGAAAAGCUUUUUGUUCAAAAGACUCCAGAAGGUGAAGCUGUCAAAGGAUUUCCUGAAGCCGAGGUGAAAUGGAUGUUUGGAGACAAGGAGGUGGUCGUUCCGAAAGCCAUCCAGCUCCAUCUACGCCAUGGUUGGAAAAAGUGGCAGGAAGAAGCAAAAGCCGAUUUGAAACAGAAACUUUUGGAAGAUGUUGAUUUUGGUAAACAAUAUAUUGCGCAGAGACAGGAACAAGUUCUCCUGGAUCGAGAUAGAGUUGUUUCAAAGACAUGGUAUAACGAAGACAAAAAUAGGUGGGAGAUGGACCCUAUGGCUGUUCCAUAUGCAGUUUCCAGGAAGCUGAUUGACAGUGCCAGGAUUAGGCAUGAUUAUGCUGUAAUGUAUGUUGCAUUAAAAGGAGAUGACAAGGAGUAUUACGUUGACAUCAAGGAAUAUGAGAUGCUAUUUGAGAAGUUUGGAGGCUUUGAUGCUCUAUACCUUAAAAUGCUUGCUUGUGGAAUCCCAACUUCUGUUCAUCUGAUGUGGAUACCCAUGUCAGAGCUAAGUCUUCAACAACAGUUUCUGUUGGUUACAAGGGUGGUUUCUCGAGUCUUUAACGCAUUGAGGAAGACUCAAGUUGUAUCAAAUGCGAAGGAUACUGUAAUAGAGAGAAUACAGAAUAUAAACGAUGACAUUAUGAUGGCGGUCGUGUUUCCAGUUAUCGAAUUUAUCAUUCCUUACCAGUUAAGGCUGCGUCUGGGAAUGGCUUGGCCGGAAGAAAUAGAACAGACUGUUGGCUCAACAUGGUACUUACAAUGGCAGUCUGAAGCAGAGAUGAACUUCAAGUCCCGCAAUACAGAAGAUUUUAAGUGGUUCCUCUGGUUUCUAAUUCGAAGUUCUAUAUACGGGUUUGUUUUGUAUCAUGUUUUCCGCUUUCUGAAAAGAAAGGUUCCAAGACUUCUUGGCUAUGGACCCUUCCGCCGAGAUCCAAACGUACGGAAAUUCUGGAGAGUGAAAUCAUAUUUUACUUAUAGAAAAAGGAGAAUCAAACAAAAGAGAAAGGCUGGAAUCGACCCCAUAAAAACUGCAUUCGACAGAAUGAAGAGAGUGAAAAAUCCACCAAUCCCAUUAAAAAACUUUGCUAGUAUUGAGUCUAUGAGAGAAGAAAUCAAUGAGGUUGUAGCAUUUUUACAGAAUCCAAAGGCAUUUCAGGAGAUGGGUGCCAGAGCACCUCGGGGAGUUCUUAUUGUGGGUGAGAGAGGAACGGGAAAGACGUCACUGGCGCUCGCUAUAGCAGCCGAAGCAAGAGUGCCUGUUGUUAAUGUUGAAGCUCAAGAGUUGGAAGCUGGACUAUGGGUUGGUCAAAGUGCAGCGAAUGUCAGGGAACUCUUUCAAACUGCAAGAGACUUGGCACCUGUUAUCAUUUUUGUGGAGGAUUUUGACCUCUUUGCCGGUGUACGCGGGAAGUUCGUACAUACAAAACAGCAAGAUCAUGAAUCGUUCAUUAAUCAGCUUCUUGUUGAACUUGAUGGCUUUGAGAAACAGGAUGGCGUAGUUUUGAUGGCGACGACACGAAAUCAUAAGCAAAUUGAUGAGGCGUUAAGAAGGCCAGGUCGUAUGGAUAGAGUAUUCCAUCUUCAAAGUCCAACUGAAAUGGAAAGGGAAAGGAUUUUACACAACGCUGCAGAAGAAACCAUGGACAGAGAACUCGUUGAUUUAGUGGAUUGGCGUAAGGUUUCGGAGAAGACAACUUUAUUACGACCGAUAGAACUGAAACUUGUUCCAAUGGCUCUUGAAAGUAGUGCCUUCAGAAGCAAAUUUCUGGACACUGACGAACUUCUGAGUUAUGUUAGCUGGUUUGCGACGUUUAGCCAUGUAGUGCCCUCAUGGCUGCGGAAAACUAAAGUUGCAAAGACAAUGGGCAAAAUGCUUGUGAAUCAUCUUGGACUCAACUUAACCAAAGAAGAUUUGGAGAAUGUGGUUGAUCUGAUGGAACCAUAUGGACAAAUAAGCAAUGGAAUAGAACUUUUGAAUCCUCCUGUUGAUUGGACGAGGGAGACAAAGUUCCCACAUGCUGUCUGGGCGGCUGGUCGUGCUCUCAUCACACUUCUAAUACCAAACUUCGAUGUUGUGGAAAAUCUUUGGCUUGAGCCUAGUUCCUGGGAGGGAAUUGGGUGUACAAAAAUCACCAAGGUCACAAGUGGAGGCUCUGCAAUUGGGAAUACAGAAUCAAGAUCGUAUCUUGAAAAGAAGCUCGUUUUCUGCUUUGGAUCUCACAUUGCAUCCCAAAUGCUUCUUCCUCCCGGAGAUGAAAAUUUUCUUUCUUCUUCAGAAAUAACUAAAGCGCAGGAGAUUGCAACACGUAUGGUGCUUCAAUAUGGCUGGGGACCCGAUGACAGUCCUGCAGUAUACUAUGCUACUAACGCGGUUUCAGCUUUGAGUAUGGGGAACAUUCACGAAUAUGAAAUGGCGGGUAAAGUUGAAAAGAUUUAUGACUUAGCGUACGAAAAGGCAAAGGGAAUGCUACUUAAAAAUCGCCGUGUCCUUGAGAAAAUCACAGAGGAGCUACUCGAAUAUGAGAUCUUAACUCAGAAGGAUCUGGAAAGAAUUGUUCAUGAGAAUGGAGGAAUUCGGGAGAAGGAACCUUUCUUUCUAUCAGGAACCAAUUAUAAUGAGGCAAGCCAUCAGCGGGGAGAUGCGUCUUGUGACUUUACUACAUGCUAUUAUGGAUUAGGGAUGGCAUUUUUGGCUGUUGCUGCCAUUUCUUUGCCCUACAUUUUAGGGGUCACCGCUUUAUUUUUGAGGUUGGGUCUGAUGAUAGCCUUAGCCAUGGUUCUAGUUUCGUUCAUGACUUAUGCUUCAGAGCACCUUGCAAUCAAAUGGUUCCUCAAAGGUCUAGAAAACCGUAACACGACGAGGAAAAAGUCAAUCUGCUUCCUCUGCUGACACAUCAAUAGCGUGUCACAGUGUAACUCACGACACAACUUAUGAUCUCUUCAUUCUGUUAGGAUAUGACUCCGAGUUUUGUUCUUUCUUGUGUUAAUAUAUCAUUGAUUACGUA